UUCCUCCUCCCAGAUUCGAUUCAGAGGGAGAGGUGCACAAGCCAGUCAAAGGCAUGCCACACAUUGCUGAAAUAUCCCUGGAGGAAGCAGUUCAUAUGACCAAUCAAGAAUCCGGAAUGGGUGUCAGGGAGGAUCUGAAGAAAAUACGCUGUGCUGUGGUUUUUUGCUUGCUGUCUGUUCUAGUCCUGGCAUUACCCACAGCCUAUCUGCUGGUUGGAAAUCUCAGAGCCCAUAAAUCUGGCCCGGCUCAGGUUGCAGAUGAAAGCAUGUCUAGAUUCCUAAAGCAACAGACAUCACCUAUGUCUUUAGUAUCCAGUGCAGGAAAGCCAAGAGCACACCUGACAGUUAAGAAACAAGAUAUUUCCCCCCCGACGGGAAACCAGUUGCCAGUUCUCCAGUGGGAACACGAGCGAGGCUUAGCCUUCACCAAGAACAACAUGAACUACACCAACAAGUCACUGAUGAUUCCAAAGGCCGGGGAUUACUACAUCUACUCUCAGGUCACUUUCCGAGGGCCCACUCCAAAUCACAGUAAACCAGUUUCCAUAACGCAGACCAUCACCAAAGUCACGGACAGCUACCCUGAGCCUACCCAACUACUGACUGCCACCAAGACUCUGUGUGAGAUGGGAAACAACUGGUUCCAGCCUAUUUACUUAGGGGCAGUGCUUUUCAUGGAGGAAGGGGACAGGCUGAUGGUCAAUGUUAGUGAAAUCCAAUGGGUGGAUUACACUAAAGAAGACAAAACAUUCUUUGGUGCUUUUUUACUGUAGGCUUCUGACAGCAACUGCUCCUAAUUAGGGUCCUGAAUCAAAUGUAUCACUAAAGUCACACAGGAGUUUUGCUAAUGAUUUUAGUGAGUGCAGGAUCAGGGUGUCCUAGUGCCGAGCAUCUGUGCUCUCAAAAGCAGUUUCCUUACCUGUAUUCUCCUUCACCUGUGUGGCUGGGUGCCCAUCAUUAUCCUUGGGGGGAGGAAAGUUGAAUUAAACGACACAUCACCAAAUAGAUCACACCACACCAAACCACCGAAAAACAUAGGGAGGCAGAGGAGAGAAAAAUACAUUUCCAUGCUAAAGCUAGGAACCUCUUAAAUACCUACAAGUGGGGCAUAAAUAGUUUAUAGGUGACGGGGAACAAACAAAUCAAUUAAACCUAUAUUCCACCUCUAAUAAACAACCCCCCUUUGCCUUAAACAACCACUUUAAACUGUUCAAGUUUCCAACGUAAUUUUGUUUGAUCUUUCUUCAGAUCUCCCCUUUCAACAGGCAAUUACUUCUUGGCACUCUCUUAAAAAUAGAUUUGCUCAGUACUUUGUACUAAUAUAGAAACGUAAAUCUUCAAGGCACUAUGUAAAUCAUUAACUGUUUAAUUAAUCCCUAACAACUGCCCUGGGAAGUAGAUUAAAAUAAUUUCUUGCAGUUUGCAAAACAAACCAACAAACAAAAACAUUACUGAUAUUUUUUUCUCCCAAGAAAUUUUGCAGAAAUUGUGGGCCAUGUUGUUCUGGAUCCAUUUGCUGCCCAGAAAUGGCUCUUUUUAUAGCAUUUCGAAUGGGUUGUCCAUUUUUACACUGGAGCACGCAAAAUGUUAAUGUUUCAUUGUAAAAAUUCAUCUCACUAUGCAAAAAGUCCUAAUAUUAGAACAGGUUG